GUUGAUAGUUGAUACUCCGACAUCAUUCACUGAAUCAUAUCGCACGGACAUCGCAUAAUAAUUAUCGUCCUCUAUACUUGUUUUCUGUAUUUGUAAAUUAUGGCACUGACUGGUUCAAGCUCAUCAGGCAUUCCUGAUAAACACUGGCAACCACCUUUUGUUUCUCUAGAAACCUCGAUGGGAGAGAUGGUAAUUGAGCUGUAUUGGAAACACGCGCCAAUAACUUGUAGAAACUUUGCCGAGCUUGCCAGGAGGGGGUAUUACAAUGGCACAAAGUUCCACAGGAUCAUCAGGGAUUUUAUGAUUCAAGGAGGAGAUCCCACAGGAACAGGAAAGGGAGGCACUUCAAUUUAUGGUGAAUGCUUUGACGACGAGAUUCAUGACGACUUAAAGCACACUGGUGCUGGAGUAUUAUCAAUGGCGAACUCUGGGCCAGACUCAAAUGGUUCUCAAUUUUUUAUAACUUUAGCUCCUACUCAAUGGUUGGAUGGAAAACACACGAUUUUCGGCAGAGUACAUUCUGGCAUGGCAAUAGUCAAGAGAAUAGGGCUUGUAGAAACAGAUAAAAAUGAUAGACCUAUCGAUGCUGUUAAAAUAGUAAAAGCAUCCAUUAAAAAUAUGUAAAC